AUGGCAAGCGGCAUUAAAAAUAAGGCCUUCACGUUGAACACUGGGGCAAAGAUCCCCGCUAUUGGAUUCGGCACUUGGAAGGCUGGACCAGGCGAGGCAGCUGCAGCUGUGCAAGCUGCAUUUGAUGCAGGAUAUAGGCAUUUUGACUGCGCGCCUCUCUACGGAAACGAAGCAGAGAUCGGCCAGGUGUUCAAAUCCAUCAACGUCCCCCGCGAUGAAUAUUUUGUGACUACUAAACUUUGGUCCUCUGAUCACCGUCGCAUUACCUCCGCACUUCAAAAAUCUCUAGAUGACCUGUGCUUGGAUUAUGUCGAUCUCUACCUUAUGCAUUGGCCCGUGACCCUACCCACAUCUACACCAGAAACCUAUGGGAAAGAAGAUCGCACAGCCCAUGAUCCUGACUGGGACUUCACCGAUACUUGGAGGGAGAUGGAAAAGCUGCUGAGCACGGGCAAAGUACGAGCCAUUGGAGUCGCGAACUUUUCCACGAUCAAUCUGGAGAAAUUGCUUAAAGCCUGUAAGGUUGUUCCGGCUGUCAAUCAGACGGAAAUUCAACCACUAUUGCCCCAGAAGAAGUUGAAUGCGUUCUGUGUGAAGCACAACAUCCAUCAAACCGCUUUUGGGCCUCUUGGAGGAAGUGGGAGUACAUUGCAUGACGAUCCGAUUGUGAAAAGCAUCGCAGAGAAACGAGGCUGUAGCUCGGGCAAUGUGUUGUUGAGCUGGGGAGUUAAGAAGGGUUGGAGUGUUAUUCCGAAGAGCACGAAUAGUACUAGGAUUGCGGGGAAUCUCGAGAAAUGUUUUGAGAUGGAUGGGCUGGAGACUGCUCAAAUUGAUGGAUUGGUUCAGACAUUAGGAGGAAAACGGUUCAAUCGUCCGAACUGGGGGGCUGUUAUCUUCCAUGACGACGAGGGAGAGAAUGUACAGUAG